CAUUUCAAGCCACAGGACUUGUCCCUACUGCCUUCACCCAGUCAGACUUUAUUACAGACUUCACAUCACACCCUUUGACAAUACCUGGUGGGUCAAAGUUUGUUUCCGCAGGCGAUAAUAAGAAGAGGCAGAACUCACAAGUCCUUAUUCAGAGAGCGCGUCCGGUGCGUCACGGCUGACUCUCCACGAGCUGCGCAGCCACGACUGUGACAAGUGCGGUGGCGGCUUCAUUUAACCACCUCACACAAAUGGAAUAAAGACGACUAUGGAGCUCUCCUGGGGGAACAUCUUCUUCACUAUAAUAGUCAUUGCUGACAGAAGCUGGCGCUCACACUCCUUCAACGUCGGCACUGCAGGUGCCAAGAUCUUCAGCGGGCCAGCUGCGGAAGAAUUUGGCUACACGGUCCAACAAGCGAAAAACCAUGAAGGCAAAUGGCUCCUGAUUAGUGCCCCAUGGAGUGGGUUCAAUACAAAUAGGAAGGGAGAUGUUUACAAGUGUCCAGUCUCGGGGUCCAGAAACAGCUGUGACAAGCUCAAUCUUCAAGAUUCUGUUAGUAUUCCAGAUGUUAAAAACGUCAUCGACAACAUGUGCCUGGGUAUGACUCUUACCCGGAUGCGCGCUGCCGACGGUUUGAUGAUGUGCGGUCCUCUUUGGGGACAGCACUGUGGCGAUCAGGACUUCUACCCAGGAAUAUGUGCAAGACUGAGCCCCCUCUUUCAACCUCAACCGGCCUUCUCUCCUGCCGUCCAGACAUGUGGAGGACCCAUGGACAUCGUGAUUGUUUUGGACGGCUCCAACAGCAUUUAUCCUUGGAAACCAAUGACCGAUUUCCUCCAGAAUUUAAUACCUGCACUCGACAUCGGGCCUAAAAACACACAGGUCAGCGUCAUUCAGUAUGGUGUUAAUGCCAAGUUUGAAUUCAGACUGAGAGACUAUCAAACCAAAGAGCGGGCGGUCGCUGCAGCGUCCAAAAUCACACAAAUAUAUGGUAGUUCUACCAACACCUUCCAUGCGAUCCAAUAUGCCAGUCAGCAGGCUUUCCAAAAAAGUAACGGCGGUCGACCUGACGCUGCCAAGGUGAUGGUGGUCGUCACGGAUGGAGAGUCUCACGACAAGGAUAUCAGAGAUUCAGUCAUUGCCGAAUGUGAGAGACAAGGCAUCACCCGCUUCGGCAUCGCUGUCCUGGGUUAUUACACCAGAAACGACAUCAACACAGACAACCUGAUAAAAGAAAUCAAAUCCAUCGCCAGUGUGCCCACAGAGAAGUUCUUCUUCAAUGUGUCGGAGGAGGCGGCCCUCUCCACCAUCGCUGGAGCCCUGGGGAGCCGCAUCUUCAACAUAGAAGGCACUGGGAAAGGGGGAGACAACUUCAAGAUGGAGAUGUCCCAGGUUGGAUUCAGCGCUCACUACAGCCGGCAGGAUGUGAUGAUGCUGGGAGCAGUGGGAGCCUACGCUUGGAGCGGGACCGUCGUCCAUCGAAGAGGGUCAAACGUAGACAUUCUCCCUGUCUCGGCUUUUGAGGGGACACUUCAAGACAGGAACCACAGCUCAUUACUGGGUUAUUCUGUCACCACACUGAGCGAUGAAUCUACAGAAUACUUUGUGGCUGGUGCACCUCGCUCCAACCACUCCGGACAAGUUAUCGUCUACACCGUCAACGCCCAGACGCAAUCUACCAUCAUAGACUCAGAAAGAGGGAAACAGAUUGGGUCAUACUUUGGGAGUGUCAUGUGCCCCCUGGACGUGGACCAAGACGGGGUGACGGACCUCCUGCUGGUCGGCGCGCCCAUGUUCAUGAGCGAUCUGAAGAGAGAGGAAGGCAGGGUCUACCUCUUCUCUGUCACCAAGGGUAUACUGAACGAGCAGGGCUUCCUCAGUGGUUCGCCCCCAACUGAGAACGCACGUUUUGGGAUGGCCAUCUCUGCCGUUCCUGACCUGGACCUGGACGGUUUCAAUGAUGUUGUAGUUGGAGCUCCACUAGAAGACAAAGGAAAAGGUGUCAUCUACAUCUACAACGGAGAUAAGAAGACAUUAAACAAACAGUUCUCACAGAGAAUCCCUGGCUCGACACUGGAUCCUCAGUUGCAGUAUUUUGGACGGUCCUUAGAUAGCUACACAGAUCUGAAUGAUGAUACGGUCCCGGACAUCUCCAUCGGUGCAUAUGGCAAAGUGGUGCAGCUCUGGUCCAGAGGUGUGGCGUCUGUCUCGGCUACAGCUUCUUUCACCCCCAAUAAAAUCAACAUUUUCAACAAACCCUGUGACAUUAAUGGACGCAAGCUUUCAUGUUUCAUCACCCACCUCUGUUUCAGUGCUGCUUUCAGGCCUGUGAAACCUGUUGGACCCAUUGAUAUAUCCUACAAUCUGACUCUGGACGCUGACCUGCAGGCUUCACGAGUGACGUCAAGAGGACUGUUCACUAAAAACAACGAACGCUUCCUCACAGAAAAGGCCAAAAUAUUAUCCACGCCCCUGUGUCAAGACUUCAAGGUUUAUAUUCAGGACGCACCAGACUUAGUCAAUUCCCUCAGUCUGAAAGUAGAAAUCGAGCAGCAGAAUGCAGAUGUGAACCCGGUCCUCGAUGUGUCUGCAACAAGUGCCUGGGAGUUCUUUAACCCGUUCACUAAAGAUUGCGGCUCUGAUGAAGUGUGUGUCAGUGAUCUGGUGCUGAGUGUGAAGACGGACACAAAGGCGUCCAGCUCCGCUCCCGUUCUGGUCAGCGCUAAUAACCGAGAGCUGUCGUUUGACGUCGUCGUGAGAAACAAGAAGGAGAACGCGUACAACACUCAGGUCUUGGCGACGUUCUCCGGCAACCUCUUCUACUCCUCCGUCUUUCCUCCUACUGAGGGAGUCAAAUGCACCUCAACACAAACGCAAACUGUCACCUGCCAAGUGGGAUACCCAGCAUUAAAAAAAGACGAAGAGGUGAAAUUUCGGAUGAAUUUUGAUUACAAUCUUGCCCAGCUGCAAAACCAAGCCGAGGUGAAAUUUGAGGCCAAGAGUGAUGGUAAAGAGGACAGACCUGCAGACAACAAGGUGGACAUAUCCAUUCCUGUGCGAUACGAUGCAGGGAUUGUUUUAUCAAGGCAGUCAAACAUCAAUUUCUACGUGGCAGAUGUUGCCGUUCCCGUGGUAACAACGGUGAAAAGUCUAGACGACAUCGGCCCAGAGUUUAACUUCACAGUGAAGGUUUCAACAACGAACUUCCCCGUCAGCCUCCUGUAUCUGACCAUUGCUCUGCCGGUGACCACUAAAGGUGGAAACCAGCUCCUCUAUGUUACCAGCGUGGACACACAAACAGGAGGAGCCGUCAGCUGUGACUCCAGCAGCCUGGUUGAUCCUCUGAAGAUCGGAGGGAAGAGCCACAAAGUGUCCUUCUCUGAGGAGAGCCUCCGAAGCAUGGAGAAACUGGACUGCACGAGUGCAAAAUGCGAGUAUAUAAAAUGCAUCCUCAAGGACACUGAAAUUAAAAGCGACUACUUUGUGAAAGUUAAAACAAGGAUCUGGAGUGGCACCUUUCUUUCGGCCACCUAUCAGACCGUCGAGCUGACCUCCAGUGUUGACGUCGAGACCUCCAACCCCGACCUGCUCAUUAUCGGCCUCAAACAGCUGCCAGUGGUGCUGACGAUCAGUAAACCUGGAGAGAAAGGUGAAGUUCCCGUGGGAGUGAUAGUUGGCAGUGUGAUUGGCGGACUGCUGCUGUUGGCUCUGGCCGUUGGACUGCUGUGGAAGUUUGGGUUUUUCAAAAGAAAGUACAAGCAGCUUCAGAUGGAGGCCGAUGACAACGCGCAGAGCCACGCACACGACAACGAAGUGCUGUGAACUGAAGAGGAAACCUGAAAGCCUUCUUCCCCUCUUCACUGGAUUGUUCCCAGUGUGGAUACUGGUACUUGUCACUGGUUCUCGUGGAGUGCAAAUGGACUACAGCUCAAUCACUGGAAGUUGGGCGUUUGAAUGAAAUGGAAGCUGAUCAUGUUGUGGACGACUGGGAUUCAAUGGAUUAUUUUUGUUAGUCUUUAUUUUUGAGCUUUGUGGACUGAACGUUGACUAGAUGCUGUUAUGCACUGACUUUGGAUAAAUGUAAAAACUGUAUUUUUUCCCAACAUAACAGAACCGUAAACAAUGUUUUUUUUGGGCCUUAAUUGAAAUUGAUUUGGAGUUUUACACUGUAAAGGAAUCUAAUUUAUCCAUUACCUUUUGCUUUGACAACUUCAGGGCAACAUGAUCAACAAAUAACAGUUUCAAUUAGAACCAUCUUAUCUUGAAUAUAGCUCAUUUGUCAAAACAUUGACCUUUUUAUCACACAGUCAGUCUGUAGCAUAAACUGCUUUGAGAUCCACGGUCACCUCUGGCACUCAGGACUUUUCUAGCAUUAAUUAAGACUAUUGAUAUCAGUAGUUUAAAUGCAAACAGGAAACAAUACUCUGUUUCAUUGUUUCAUUGUGUUUGUACUGUAUAUACUGUAAGAUAAAAAAAAAAAAUCUUUCAUUUGGGGUUUUAUAUAUGUAAAGAUUAGAGGCAAUAUGGGUCCAUGGAGUAGCUACUUGUGUUGUUGUUAUUGAUAUUUGUGUUAUUGAUGGUAUUUUGUUUUUACCACGAGUGGUACAACUUGUCAAGUGUGAAUGUUUUAGUUAAAUAUUGUUGUUUUUUUAAAUAAUAUAAUCUGCUGAUUAUUUAGUUUAUUAAUCGAUUAAUGGUUUCCCUAUUAAAUAUCAGAAAAUAGUUUUUUAAAAAUAAGCUUCCUGGUUCCAAAGUGAUGUUUUCAAAUUGGCUGUUUUGUGCAACUUACAGUGCAAAAACCCACAUUACUGUCAUAUAAGACAAAGAAAAGCAGUUUGAACCAGCAAAUGUUUGGCAUUUUUUUGCUCAAACCAUUAAAAUCGAUUAUCAAAAUAGUUGCAGAUCAAUUUUUCUGUUAUUUUACUGCUUGAUUACUUGAGUUAUUGUUUUAACUGUAAAGGACACAAUGCCCUACAUCAACGAAAAAUAGUGGUCCUCAUGCAAAUAUUGUUAACUACAGAGAAAGAGUGUCAUACUGAGAUGAUGCAUGGUACCAACCAGGGUAAAAUGCUCCUUAAAUAAACCCGAUCUAUACCUUUGUUUCUAAUUUA